AUGACGGAAUUUACAGGAGAAUCCUAUUGGCUUCUCUCUGCCGCUGCAUCAACUACAUUUCUUGCCUUCAUCAUCAUCUUCUUCCUCGCAGGAAUAGCAAGAAGAAAGAGAAGAGAGCCUCACAAGCUGCCUCCGGGAAGCAGAGGAUGGCCUUUGAUCGGAGACACCUUCGCUUGGCUCAGCGCCGUCUCCGGUUCUCAUCCUUCAAGAUUCGUCGAGAAACAAAUCAAAAGGUAUGGGAGGAUAUUCUCGUGUAGCUUGUUCGGGAAAUGGGCGGUGGUAUCCGCAGACCCAGAGUUUAACCGGUUCAUAAUGCAGAACGAAGGCAAGCUGUUUCAGUCGAGUUAUCCAAAGUCUUUCAGGGAUUUGGUCGGAAAAGAUGGAGUGAUCACGGUGCACGGUAAUCAGCAGAGACGGCUACACUCAAUUGCAUCGAGCAUGAUGCGUCAAGACCAGCUCAAGACUCAUUUCCUUGAAGAUAUUCCUGCGGUUAUGCUUCAGACAUUGAGUAAUUUCAAGGACGGGGAAGUCGUGCUUCUCCAGGAUAUCUGCAGAAAGGUUGCGAUUCAUCUUGUGGUUAACCAACUUCUUGGAGUGUCGAGCGAAUCAGAAGUCGAUGAAAUGUCUCAGCUUUUCUCUGAUUUUGUCGAUGGAUGUCUCUCUGUUCCUAUCAACUUGCCUGGUUUCACAUAUCACAAAGCAAUGAAGGCAAGAAAGGAGAUCAUAAGCAAGAUAAACAAGACGAUAGAGAAGCUGUUGCAGAACAAAGCAGCAUCAGAAGCAGCGGAUACUUCUGGGAACGGUGUACUUGGAAGAUUGCUUGAAAAUGAAAGCUUACCAAACGAAUCAAUGGCAGAUUUCAUCAUCAAUCUUAUGUUUGCCGGAAAUGAAACCACCGCGAAAACAAUGCUCUUUGCGGUUUACUUUCUUACCCACUGUCCUAAGGCCAUGACCCAAAUCAUGGAGGAACACGAGAGGCUUGCGGGCGGAAUGCUAACAUGGCAAGAUUACAAGACAAUGGAUUUCACUCAGUGCGUAAUAGAUGAAACACUCAGGCUGGGGGGAAUUGCGAUCUGGCUAAUGAGAGAGGCGAAAGAAGAUGUUUCAUAUCAAGAUUACGUAAUCCCCAAGGGAUGCUUCGUGGUUCCGUUUCUCUCGGCAGUGCACUUAGACGAGAGCUAUUACAAGGAAAGUCUCUCCUUCGAUCCAUGGCGGUGGCUUGACCCUGAAACUCAGCAAAAGAGGAAUUGGAGAACGAGUUCUUUCUAUUGCCCAUUUGGUGGAGGAACUCGGUUUUGUCCAGGAGCAGAACUGGCUCGCCUUCAAAUCGCUCUCUUUCUGCAUUACUUCAUCACCACAUACAGGUGGACACAACUUAAGGAAGAUCGCAUCUCCUUCUUCCCUUCGGCUCGUCUAGUGAAUGGAUUCAAAAUCCAGUUGAACAGACGGGACAACGAUCCUCAACGUCAAUAA